GUCAAAUUUCGCGCGCUAAUGCUACCAAAAUAUACUUACAAUACAAUUAACAAACUCCUAACUUUGAAAAUAUAUAUAUUAUUUUCUACGUUUAGUGCUAUUAACUGAUUGUAUCUGUAUCUGUUAAGUGUAUCAAAUUACUAUGUCAACUCCAUCUAAACGCCCUUCUUCACGAGCAUCUUCAGAAUCUCGGACUCCUUCAAGGAGGACACGUUCGUCACAACAGCUUAUUGUCCCAGAAACUCCGCAACAGUCCACAGGAACACCUUCGAAAAAUGGAACUCCGGGCACACCUAGAGGUACACCUGGCACACCCAGGGGGACACCUCGCACACCUGGUGUGCAGGUACCUGGCACAUCACCAGCUCGUGCCUUAGCAUCAAGUCCCAUUGGCACUGAUAUUGACAUGAGCUCUCCAUUAAAUUACGGUACACCAAGCUCUUUGAGUACACCCCGGUCUCUCAUGAGAGGUGUCAUGACACCAGCUCGGCAAAGGGCUGACCUACGUGGCCAUAAUGUUGGUAGAAAUGUACCAGCCCCGACACCAACCAGACAAGCGGAGCAAGGAACCGCAGAUGCAACCUCAGGAGAGCCUCAACUCGUUGUAUGGGGUACCGAUGUAGCAAUUACGGAGUGUCGCGAGAAGUUCAUCAAGUUUAUCCAGCGAUUUGUUGAACCUACUGCAGUUACAAAUGAACCAUUGUAUGAACAAAAAUUAGAAGAAAUACAUACACUGGAGGAGCCCUUCCUGGAUGUCGACUGUGAACAUGUGAAAACGUUUGAUGUCAAGCUCCAUCGGCAGCUUGUUUCUUACCCACAAGAGGUGGUUCCAGCUUUUGAUGCAGCUGUGAAUGAACUGUUCUUUGAAAAGUACCCAGCAGCCGUAUUGGAGCACCAGAUACAAGUUCGUCCCUUCAAUGCACCACAGCGGCAUAUGAGGGACCUUAACCCAGAAGACAUCGACCAGCUGGUGACCAUCUCAGGCAUGGUGAUUCGUACGUCAAACAUAGUGCCAGAGAUGCGCGAGGCGUUCUUUAAGUGUGCGGUAUGUGGCGCGGGAGCCGCAGCCGAGCUGCAACGCGGCCGCGUACCGGAGCCGGCGCAUUGUUCCCACUGCAACACUGCUCACUGCUUCCAGCUUAUACACAACCGCUCGCACUUCAGCGACAAGCAACUUGUCAAAUUGCAGGAGUCGCCCGACGACAUGCCCGCGGGCCGUACACCGGCGACUGUGAGCGUGCUGAGUCACGGCGCGCUGGUGGAGGCAGCUGGCGCGGGCGAGCGCGUGGCCGUCACGGGUGUAUUCCGCGCCGCGCCCGCAGCCGUACACCCGCGUCGAGCCACGCUGCGUGCACUGCAUCGUACACACCUCGAUGCAUUGCAUUACCGCCGCGCUGCGCCCGACCGUCUACACGAGAUUCAGGACGGUAAAGAACACCACUUCCCACCGGAACGCGUAGAACUGUUCAAGGCUCUAGCAGCACAGCCGGAUAGUUAUGAGCGACUCGCGCGAGCUAUAGCCCCAUCCAUUUACGAAAACCUUGAUAUCAAGAAGGGGGUGUUGCUGCAACUGCUUGGUGGGACUAAGAAGAACUUUAAUGCUGCUGGCAGGACACAUUUCAGAUCAGAGAUCAACAUCCUGCUGUGUGGAGAUCCCGGCACUAGCAAGUCACAGCUGCUACGCUGGGUACACGGGCUGGUACCGCGUGCCCAGUAUACUUCCGGUCGUGGUUCCUCGGCCGUCGGUCUCACCGCCUACGUCACCAAGGACCCGGACACACGCCAGCUAGUUCUGCAAACAGGAGCCCUCGUUCUAGCUGAUAAUGGAAUAUGCUGCAUUGAUGAAUUUGACAAGAUGAAUGACUCAACUCGCAGUGUUCUGCACGAAGUAAUGGAACAACAAACCCUAUCUAUCGCAAAAGCAGGCAUCAUCUGCCAAUUGAACGCGCGCACCUCAAUAUUAGCGGCCGCUAACCCAGCUGAAUCUCAAUGGAAUAAGAAUAAGACUAUAGUAGAAAAUGUACAACUACCACAUACGCUUAUGUCCAGAUUUGACCUCAUAUUCUUGGUAUUGGACCCGCAAGACGAGGUGUUCGACAGGCGAUUGGCAUCGCAUCUUGUGUCAUUGUAUUUCCAAGAUGCUACUAAUUCCCAGGACGACCAGGAAGUCGUGGAUAUGGCACUUAUGCGGGACUACAUUGCGUUCGCGAAAGAGCACGUACAACCGACGCUAAGUGAAGCGGCGCAACAAAGAUUGAUAGACGCAUAUGUCGAUAUGAGACGUGUCGGUAGCGGCCGCGGUCAGAUAUCCGCAUAUCCUCGUCAAUUGGAGUCCCUCAUCCGGCUGGCUGAAGCUCAUGCGAGAGUGCGACUUUCUUCUGUAGUGGAAAUAUUAGACGUGGACGAAGCGGCAAGACUCCACCGUGAAGCCUUGAAGCAGUCUGCCACAGAUCCAGCUUCAGGCCGCAUCGACGUCGGCAUCCUCACUACAGGGCUGGGCGCAGCCGCACGCCGACGUCGCGCUGACUUAGUGGCUGCACUGAAAGAACACAUCCAGCCAUACUCCAAACCCCAUACCAUUACACAUUCCAAGUUGCUGCAAGAAAUCAACACUAAUGCUCAACUUACGGUGUCACGAGAGCAAUUGGACGAGGCGCUAAGAGAUCUGCAGGACGAGGGGAAGGUCGUCAUUGUGAGCCACACCCAUCUCAGACUCUGUUAACUAUUAUAAAUCGUCUUGUUAAAAUAGUAUAUAAGCUUCGAAAUUGAAUCAAUGAUAUUAUUUUUUAAAUAAAAUUAAGU